GUCUGUAUUCCUUUCAUCCCUCAGUCGUGCUUUCUUUGGUGAGGUGAACUGAGAACUGUGAAGGACAAGGGCUUCUUAGACAAAUUCAUCUGUUUCGAUGUAAAGCAAAAUUUCUCCAAAUCCGUUCUAAGGAAGAAACAAACCUUAUCUUGCAUGGUCCAAGGGAGCAGGACUGGCACUCCACAUUAUACUUGUUAAUGUAUCCUAAAAAGAAGGAAAGCAUCGGAUGCGACCAUGUUCACUUCACCCACACCUGAUUAUUUAGUUCACAGGAUAACACGUCCUUGCAUUUGCUUUUUGCUGCUAUGUCUUUGGACAACCAUCUGUCUGACUUUGUGGCAUUUCCUGGAGAGUGGUCAUCGGAUACAACAAUUCAAGCCACCCAUUCCAAAAAAACAGACACAAACAAAUUCUUCUUCUGUAAUUUCUGCGCUUGACAUGGGAAUCAGUGAUGAGGAGUGGGAAAGACUACAGAAGGCUCUCGACUGGCCUGGUCCGGAUCAACAAAUCACUCAGCUGAAUCUGAGCACAAGUCCAGUCCACUCAACAUUCUCUAUUGUGGAACUGAAACAGAGUUACAAAGUGGGAGAUAACAUCUCCGUCAUUAUCACAGCCAGAGACCACAACAAGAACCUGAAAAGAUAUGGAGGAGAUUUUUUCAAAGCAAAGCUUUUCAAUUCAAUGCUAAAGGCAAGUGUGUACGGGGAGGUUGUGGAUCAUCGUAAUGGGACUUACUCAGUUGUUCUUCUUCUUCCCUGGGAAGGUCAGGCACAAGUUUUUGUACGUCUUGAGCACUCCAGUGAGGUUGUGCAGAUUCUUAAAAAAUACAGGGAGUCUUCAUUCCCACGCAGUCACUAUAAUGGCCACUUUGAAGGGCCAGGACCCAAUAAAACCAGGAUCAGUGAAGUAGUAGAAUGUAAUCUUAAGUGGGGUGGAGAAGGAAGCUGGAGGAAACACAACUGCUGCUGUGAGUAUAAGGAUAUAAAAACUGGAACGGUGUGGCAGUGUGAAAAACCUAAGAAACUUUCCUGUGACAAACUGGUUUAUCACUCUCUGGGAGCUUUGGAAAAUCCAUUAAAUCCUACUGAAAAGCAGAUUUUCACAAAGAAAUUGACAAAUGUUGGUAUUACUGGUGACACACAAGCCAUAAAUGUCCUUCCCAACACUGCAGGCAAUGGCAAAAUGCAGAGAUGCAGAUCAGGAUUGACGACACCAGUUCCUGCAGGUUUAUAUUUGAAAGAUGUUUGGAAGUCUUUUGUAUGCAACACUCAACAGUUCAAUUCUACACGAAUGGGAAACUGCCUUAAAAACAAGAUAGUCUACUUGUUGGGCGACUCCACCACAAGGCAGUGGUUUGAAUAUUUAGAAAGAAAUGUGCCAGGAAUAAAAAGAAUGGACCUCCACACUCCUCGUACAGGUGGACCCCUGAUGGCUGUGGAAUUGAAAAAUAAUAUCAUUAUUCACUGGAGGCCACAUGGUGUUCCUUUACGAUUUACUAAAAUGCUCAUAACUGACCUGCAUUAUAUCAGCAAUGAUAUUGAUGAAAUAGCUGGUGGUCCACAUGCAGUUGUUGUCUUUACACUCUUUGCCCACCUGGUGUUUCACCCAAUAACAUUUUAUGUUCAUGAAGUGGCCAAAAUCCGUCAGUCUGUUGUUGCUCUGCUGAGUCGUGCACCACAGACCACCGUCAUCAUCAAGUCUGGAAACACUGCAGGACUAAAGGACAUUUUUCAAAGUGACUGGUAUGCGAUGCAGCAGAACACAGUAAUGCAAGAGAUGUUCAGAAAUAUUGAUGGAGCAAUUUAUUUAGAUGUCUGGCAGAUGACUUCUUGUCACUAUCUACUUGAAGAUGUUCACCCAGGUGCUGCUAUCAUUGCUAAUGAGAUCAACAUGUUGCUCUCAUAUGUCUGUCCUACCUGACACAAUUAAAUACUUGGCUUUCUCUUAAAACGUA